CUUGAAGAGGCCUUUGUCAUCCAGGCCGUGAGCCCACUGAAGAUUUCCAACAGAAAAAAGGCGUCAGAGCAAGACCUGAAGCAUUCGUGAGUCUGGCCUCAUUGCAGCUGGGUCCCCGCGCGCAACAAAGCAAGAAGGAAGAGGAAAACACGACGAGACACACGACAGCAUAGCAAGGCAGAAACAGCCACUUUGUCCUGAGCUCAUUAAUUUCCCGAAGGCACAACAAGAGGCGCGAAGCCUUGAAGAAACUACCUGUUUUUGUUUUUUUCCUUUGAUAACACUUGGGCCCCUUUUCGCGCGUUUGCCGUCCACAUCGUCGUUCAACUAGCCUGGCGAAAAAAGCGAUGGUCUCUCCGUUACGGCCACCAAACCGCAUUUAACGAUCGAACUCAUGCAAGAGAAAUGGAAAGGGUGUUCCACAGAUGUGGACCUGUUUAGUGCUGCUGUUUACCUGUUGGAUUUCCUGAAGGUAUUCCUUGAAUCGUGAGGUGACCCGCCGCCUUCACACCGGAUGUCCAAACUUUCUUCCCGAGUAAGGGUAUUUUUAAAAAAGACGAAAAAUGGAUGGCUGUCGUCACUCGACCAGAGUCGUCAUUUGCUUCUGAGUCGCCGUCUCCUUUUCAUGUCUACCGUCUGUGUAGCCGUUCAUCUAACCAUCGAACCUUUUUUCGGACCUAGGACGCGCGCGCGUAGGUGACAACAGUUUUUCGCACACAACUUUUGGAAAACAUUUCGUAUCGCGCGCAGCGGUCUCGACGUCUUUCCGAUUUUCCCUGAUAAUUUUCCCCACCACCGCUCGUUUUCGCCUCCAAUCCCGUUUUCCCCUGCACUUCCGCGCCUCGUCAGCUUGCUGUCUGAAAGUUUUCUUCGGUCUCAUCGGCUUCCAGCCACACAAAACCAGAGCUUUCUCGCGCCUACUCGGACAUUCUCUCUCUCAUGUGUCUCCCCUUCGAGUCGCCGCCUUCCGCAGUGGAUCUGCUUUCGCUGCCUCUGAGGCCGCCGGAAGAGAGGACGAAGAAGCCUCCACGCGGUUCCUCUUCAGCCUCUCUUGCCCACUCUGCGAGCCGCCAAGAGUGGGGUGUCCUCCGAUACCAGGAGUAGAGCGGAAAACCUGCUUCCCUUGUCGGUCUCCUUCUCGGUUUCUUCCCCACUCAGCCUCCACUGCUUCUGUCCAACAGACGCUCUCCCGCUUGCAGGACCUCCUCACAGUCUCCUGCUACAGAGGCUGCGCGGCAUGCACGCAGCGUCUCGCUCACAACUUACCCGCAAAGGAGUCCUGGGAGACUCGUCUGAACAGAGAGGAAGAAGAAUUGCAGGCAGAGGUCGGGGGACGGAAGCAACUGUGGACAUGCGCCGAUCGUGGCUGGUUGUUUCUCUCGGGGACAUCUUCAGAGCAGUUGUGCCUCGUUUUACAGCUCGAUAAAAAUAAGACGAGACCCCUGUGUUCUUCAGGUGUCUUUGGUUUUCUUCUCUGCCAAGCAAUGGCCCGAAACAGUUCGCCGCUCGGAGAGCGACUCGCUCCGACGGCGCCGGCUUCCGGAGAAUUUUCUUCCAUGAAUUCGCCUCUCUCUCGCCUCAGCUCUCCGCAGCUCGAAAACCAACCUCUCCCCUCUCCUUCACCUCUUAGGGGUGCUGCUUGCUCUCUCCAUCCUUCUCCUCCUCCUUCACCUCCGUCUCCGCUUUCUCCUCCGAGCUCCUCUCUCCCCCGUCUGUCGCCUCCAUCUCCUUGUUCGCUCGCGUCUUCUUCGCUCCCCCGUUCUUCUGCUCAUGUAGUGUCUGUCUCCCAGCAAGGAGCUGAAGGAGCGCCUUCUUGUUUCCGAACUUCGCGCAUGAAGGACUCCCGACAGCCCAGCGCGGAGGUCGGUCGGUCUGAUGCGGAGACGCUAGGCGACAACAUCGGGGGACCCGCGAGAGAGCGAACUGAGAUUGGCCUGCCGCAGCCAGAACCGCUGGCCGUCUCCUGUUCCCCCACCUUCUCCGCCGCGGCUCUCGCAGAUGGAGACGAAGAUGGGAGACAGGCUCUCUGUUCACAGAAAGCCUCGAAUCGCGAAAAACCGUUCUCAGGUCUUCUUGGCCGCGUCUCUCAGUGGACAGCCUCCUUGGGGAAUCCGCCCAGCUUGCCGGAGACAGAAAAGGAGACAACGGAGUCCAACGACGCCGAGACAGUCGCUGCUCAAGCGAGAGCGACUGUCUCUGCGGCCGCAAGAGCCGCUUCCUCUCUUGGGCGCUGGUUUUCACAAGCGGCCACUGGACUCGUCGAGGAACUACACACGGAACUGGAUGUUUCGGAGGACUUGAAGGACUUCUGCGGAACCAUCUCCGAGGGCUCACAUCGAUGGAUAGAAGAACACCAAGCCGUCCUGUCUCACUUCACUCCUUCUUCAUCUUCGUUUCCUCCUUCUUCGUCUUCUUCGUCCUCUUCGUCCUUGUGUACUUCUUUUGAAGACUCGAGAACAUCCCCCAAAACAGAGGCUCUUCCUCCCGAGGCCACAGCACCGUCCACUGCGACAAACGGCGUGCAUUCUCGUUUUUCGUCUCUUCUUUCUUCCACCACUCUGCUGGUGGCGACGGCGGGAGACACCGCCGUCAACGCGGUUCGGAGCUUGGCUGGACAGACUCCCGCAGCGGCAGGAGCGAAGGAGCACGAAGCCCAGCAAGCGAGGGAAGAGCAAAGCGAAGAACAAGGCAAAGGACAAAGCGAAGGACAACGCGGGGAGCGAAAGGAGCAAGAGAUAAUAGAUCAGCGGGAGCGGCAAAAAAUGCGUGAAGAAGGACGAGAGACGGGUGUGCUACUGACGCCCUUCUGCGAGCGUGGAGGAACUGCGAGAGAACAAGAUGUUUCUCCCUCCGAAGAUGAGAGGAGGCUGCCUCCGAUCGUUGCACGAUGCUCUGCGGAAGUGCAGCGGCGCUACGAGGCCCUCGUACGAUCUCCGUCGACCUUCCUCGCAGACCCCACAGGGCGGCUGGUGUCUCGCUCUGUCUCUCCGUCUUCUCUCUGUUCUGGAAGGCUUGCACACUCUGUCUCAGACAGCAAUCCGGUUCAUGGACAAGCGCCUUCUCCUCCUCCCUGGCCGCGUCUGCAUGCGUUUGCAACUGCAGCGACCGCCGAGGAGAAGACGAAACGCGAGACGGCUUCCUCGCUUCAGGAGUGUCAUUUGUCCCCCUGUCACCGCAAGGAAGAAGACACGAGCGCGCUGGACUUCUCAGCCUUCCACGUCGACGCCUACGAUGAUCUUCUUGACUUCUUCCGCGACUCUCAGGUGAUGGAAAUGCGGAGACAACUAGUGCCCGACCGAGUGGAGGAGGGCCGUUUUUGGAGGCGUUUGCUUUUUCGCGUUCGCCUCCUCUGCGACGAGGCGUCACUCGCAGAGUCUGCUUCUUCUUCUGCGAAGGUGCCUGAGAGAAAACUUGACGCGAGAGAGACUUUCAGCGAACUUCCUGAGAACUUGGAGAGAGCAUCAGCAACGCGCGAGCUGUGGCAAGCGGUGGAUGUACAGCCUGGCCGUUCUCAGGAUCCCGUCGCCGCCUAUGGCAAUCCCCGCGAGACGGACCUACGCGAACUGAUAGCGCAGCUGGACGAGGAAGACAUUGCCUGGGAUGACGAAGAGGCAGAGGCAGCGGCCGCGAAUGCAGAAGCGGAAAAAGGAAGUCCGGUUUCUUCCCUCGGUUCCUCUCUGGAAUGUUUGAGGUCGCCUUCGAUGUCUGCUCAAGGCGACUCCGCCGCGUGCCUCCAGACGCACAGUGAACACGGUGCACUGUUGGCAGGAGUUUCUUUUUCGUCUCUCCCUUCUCCGGUAGACUCGCCUGCUCUCUUGUCUCUCUCUGAAACUCCUCGAGCGUCCCCGUCACUCAACACCCCGACAGUUCCCGGGCCUCUCUCGCCGGCUUCUCCGUCUUCUUUCUCUCGCUCGUUUCCAUGUUUCUCUUCGUCCAAGGCGGCGCUGCAGCCUUGCACAGACAGUGGACCGACUGCUUCGGACUCCGUCCACGCCUCGGCACUCGCUGCGGAGAAGGCAGUCGAGAGAGACGAUCUGCAAGUCGACGCGUCUCGAAGCGGCGAAGCUCGCUCCUCAGCUUCAUCGUCAGCGGCGGCGCCGGGCGGACGUACACCCGAGAGGCUGGCUGCGACGGAGACGCGAGCGGCUUUGGAGGACGGAUUCCAUGUUCUCGAGUUGGAGCGCGGCUUUGGAGGGUGUUUCACAGAGGCAGGAGAACGAAGGAACGACGCAAAGGAAUCCGGAGACGAACAAGACGUCGCCGUCGGUGAGGGGGAGGACGACGCUGGCCUUGUCAUUUUGUGACGCAGACUCGUGCAUUUUGGCCGUGCCCGAGGCCUGAACUGUGUGGGAGACCGCGCUCGCAGGCGUUUCCUGGAGCCUUCGAGAGGCGCGAAAUCGUCUGCUUUUCGAAAAGAGCGUACUACUGGAACGGGUAGUCAACGACUUGUCACGCUCGAGUGCAUGCGCCACUUUCAGGAAAAAAACCUAAAACCGCAUGUUUCGUCGCUGUAGCGCCGCGGAAAUGCAACUGCUCACGAAAGUAGAAUCUGCCAAACAGAUCGAACGACGGUUGGUUUUUUCACCUGGAUGGAACCUCGAGUUUGUGUGUGUCUCGCUUCGCUGCCAGCCUCUCUGUUCUCAGUGUGUAGUAGAUGUUACAGGUGCUAGGAAAGCCGGACUCUUGAAGUCUGCAACAGAAGAAGUCUGAAGACACUGCAACCUCCACAAACAAGACUUCGAUCUGGGGAUGACUUUGCACUUUGUUCACCCUUCCCGACAUCUUUGGAAACCUGACGGCUGUCGUGGAGAGUUGAGGCAACCUCAUGCGUGGCGAGUCUCUGUAUCCGCAAAGUUGUAAGACACAUGGCUACGUCAGCAGAAGAUCUGUAAGCGCGUUAAAAUAAAACACUGCACGACUGGGGUAAGAUGCAGCACGAGGCAGCAUUGCUUCUUGUUGCUGGAAUCACUUAAAUGCAAGUGAAAGGUAGUUAAAGCUUCAGACGCUCGACCGAUUCGCAAAAGUCUUUCGGAGAGAAACAGGGGAGAACCGACCUCGUCAAGGGUCACACAGCCUCCAAGUCAAGGUGGAAUUGCCGGUGCGAUGUCGAAAGCCAAAACUUUCAGUUGUUUUGAGCAGCCCUGUAGGGUGCAGAUGUGCAGGAGGAGUCGGU